AUGGUUAACCCUCAUUACAACGAUUUGUUCUUCCACCCGAUCGUGUGUAACGUCUGCAAGUGGCUGAACGACGGCAACACGUUUUUUUGUAAAUGCGGCUUGGUCUCUUACUGCUCCCCCGAGCACAUGGAAGAGGACCGGGAAGGAUCCGACGGGAGAGUCGGUCACAGCGGGUUCUGCGACGCCAUAUUGGAGCUGAUCGCCGAAAGAAAGUUGCGGAACUUCGACGGCAGGGUAUUAUUGAACGUCUGGACCUCCUACAGGUACGCUAAGAUGGGACAAGUCUUGCGAAAGCUAGCUCGCAACCUGCUGCCGCACGAAAUACGCAUAAUGAUGUCCAUGAGGCACUGCAACGUCUGCUACAAGGAGAUCGAUCUGAUGCCCUGUCCGGAGUGCUUCUGCGUCGAUUACUGCAUGGAACACUUCGACCGUCCUAUCCGGCCGCACAAUUGCGCGGAGUUCAAGAAGUGGCUCUUCACCGAGACGGAAAUCAUCUACACGAAGGACUGCGUCCUGGAGUGGCGGUCGUUGCACACGUUUCCCGACUCCCGGUGGGACGUUAAAGACAUGUAUUCGUUUUUCAAAACGCACGUCUUACCCGCACGCCAUCUACUCUGGUCCAUUCUGGACAUCGCCUUUUCCGAUUACCUGUCAGGCCCGCUGACGGUGUACCACGGCCUGCAGAGGUCGCAGUUAAUACGAAUCCCGAUGACGAAAAGCACCUACGUUAUUCACGUGAUAAUGGCCAGCGACGAGAUCAGACGCGAGGUGCAGUUCUGGGAGUAUUUCUUACACGUCUUCACGCAUCCGACGAAGCUGAUCGUCGUGAUUGUAGGGUUGGAAUUGUCGGAGGAAUCGCACGGUUCAGUCCCGCUUUGCCUGGAGAAGUGCGCGGGUUUGCACCACGAGUUUCAAUUCGAGUGUCACCGCAUGUCGUACGGCAACUACGUGAAAAGCAAUUCGUACAGGAAUCCGAACGUGAUCGUAGGUUUGCACAUGAUACCCCCAAACUGGGAAACAUGGGUGAAACUUAAGAAAUGGUUCUAUACGGACUGUCCGGUGGUUUUAACGUAUAUAAACAUGAAGGACAUGAAAAAGAACGCGUGGAACAUAAAAAUGAGCUUUAGUAAAGAGCCGAUUAGGCAAAUAAUGAAUACGUUCAAGGGGUUCAAGCUGCACAGGAACUACAGGACAGGCGAGAUCUACCAUCGUAAUGAAUAUAUACAAAUAUAUAGAAAUUUAUUAAGUAUCUAA